GGAGGAAGUGCACGGUGCAUCUCACGUAUAAUAUCGCGAGAUUAGGGCGAGACCUAUUUAAACAGCAGCCAACAAACGAAGUAAAUUCACUCAUUCAUUGACAGAGCUGGAGAGUGGAAUCACGAAGAAUGGCAGCUGGAAACGCUCAUAUUGGGAAGCCUGCUCCAGACUUCACAGCCAAAGCUGUGAUGCCAGAUGGACAGUUUAAAGAUCUCCGCUUGUCCGACUACAGAGGGAAGUAUGUAGUGUUAUUCUUCUACCCACUGGACUUCACAUUUGUGUGCCCUACUGAGAUCAUCGCCUUUAGUGAUGCAGCUGAGGAGUUCGGGAAAAUCAACUGUGAGGUUAUUGGAGCCUCUGUUGAUUCUCACUUUUGUCAUCUUGCCUGGAUAAACACCCCUCGAAAGCAAGGUGGUUUAGGACAUAUGAAAGUUCCUCUAGUGGCAGAUACCCUCCGUUCUAUAUCUCAAGACUAUGGUGUACUCAAGGAAGAUGAGGGCAUUGCCUACAGAGGCCUUUUCAUUAUUGAUGACAAAGGCAUUCUGAGGCAGAUAACCAUCAAUGACCUACCGGUGGGCCGUUCCAUUGAUGAAACCCUUCGCUUGGUGCAAGCCUUUCAGUUCACCGACAAACAUGGAGAAGUUUGCCCAGCUGGAUGGAAGCCUGGAAAAGAUACAAUUAAACCCGAUGUCCAGCAGAGCAAAGAUUACUUCUCCAAACAAAAUUAAACUCACAAGACUGUGCAGUAUAGUCUAAUGUGCCCAUAAAGGGACUUAUAGUAUGACAGCUGUAUCAAGUGCUACUGUUUAGUCAAAUGCAUCUGUGUAGGAGUGGGAAUAGUUAUUUAUAUUGUUAGGAAAGACCAAAGUGUGUCGUGUCAUAGUAAAAACCACAUUUCAAGUAUAACUUGUACCGAAUGUGUUGUCAAAAGAGAUGUUCUAUAGUGGAGGAAGCUUGUGUUGUCACCAAUAUGUUUGGAUUUCAGACAAUAAAUGUAUUUUUAACAAUAUAAA